AUGUCAAAAAAUCAUCUCAAGCUCAAGGCACUGCUCAUCGAUCUCAAUGGAACCUUACACCUUGGCUCGGAACCUACCAAAGGUGCUGUACAAGCUAUCGAGAAGCUAAGGAAAGCGAGAAUACCAUUCAUCUUCUGUUCAAACUCGACCAAAGAAUCUUCCUCUCAGUUGCUGUCUAAAUUAGGGGAAAUGGGCUUCAGAGCUUCCCAGGAAGAGUUGAUGACUAGUUUGAGUGCUUGUAGACAGCUAGUAGAAGAGAAGGGAUUUCGACGACCAUACCUGAUAAUGUCCGAAUCAGCCAAAUCCGAAUUCCCCUCCUCCUCCUCCUCCUCCUCCUCCUCCUCCUCCUCCUCCUCCUCAAAGGACCAAGGGAUGUACGACUCAGUCAUCUUAGGUCUGGAUCCACCUUCAUUAUCAUACGACAACCUCAACAAGGCAUUCCGCAUACUCAAAUCAGAACCCGUCUCUCAAUCACAAUCGAGCUCAUCUGACAAGAACGAGAAGAACGGUGAUGAUAGAAAAGCAGUAUUGAUAGCACCACAUAAAGCUUCUUUCCAACAAUCUCCAUCCACAUCCAGCCUACCAGCGGGUCUAUCAUUGGGUAUAGGUCCAUUCGUUCAUUUACUUGAACAUGCCACUGGAGAAAGGGCAUUGAUAGUUGGUAAACCUACUAAAUCAUUUUUCGAACUCGCCAUUCAACGAUUACAGCAUAAUCAUGGUAUCAAAAUUGGAGAAGGUGAGAUAGGUGUGAUAGGGGAUGAUAUACAGAAUGAUCUGGGAGAAGGAGCGAGGGAGUUGGGGUUGAAGAGGAUUUUAGUGCGUACUGGGAAAUAUCGACCUGAGAGUGAACAGACGGAUCAUCGACCUGAUAAGGUGUAUGAAGACUUUGCGGAGUUCGUGGAUGAUCUGAUAUAA